AUGUGGUGGCGCAAACUUCCUUCAUUGAAACGUGUGGGUGCCCGCGUGUAUGGGAUGUUUCACGACAACUUGGACCACAUCACGGGGAUCGAAAAGAGGGAAUAUCUGGCACAUUUGGCGGGAGACUGUGACCCGUUUCGAAUCUUGGCUAUUAAAAGAGGCCCAGGUACCGCUGAGAGGCCAAAUUUAAUUCCUAGUUCGAACCCGAGUCGUUUGAUGGGUUGUAUCUGCCACCCGGACAUAAUGCACGUGGAAUACAUAUGGCUGCACCAGGGUGUGCCCAAGAGGUGCGGCUGCGGCUACUGGUUUGAAUUGUGCCCCGUCGCGCCAUUGUAA